GAGUUCGGUGCAAGCACUCCAUCACCUGCCUCAUCGACGGAAAGCCCCAGCAAGGGAUCCUCUUCGGGUACGUCCGGACUUGCAGCAAGGAAGGUCGCCCUCCCAGGUAGCCUCGCUCAGCCAAGACUGGCACCACUGGUGGCAAGCCAGGGCGAGGAGGCAUCCUCCCCCAACUUCGGGGGUGGCCUUCCGCCAUCACCAACGUUCGGCGAUGAUCCCGGCGAGGGAGCCGAGCAGGCAGCUGCUAGCAGCAGUGGACGGGCUAGUCGCCCCUCAACGUUAGAGGAGCCCGAAGCGGAAAAAG